AUGGCCUCAAAAGAUGCACUGAACCAAAAAAGCAGAGGUCUACCUGGUCUUCUUCCGGGAGCUGCAGACCCAGAGCAAAGCCCUAGUCCAGGGAACCGCGCAUGGCGGCCGGGUCUCACUCCGCCUCGCAGCUUCUUGCCAACAGUCAAUCUCCCUCCUGGCCUAGAGUAUUUAAGCCAGUUAGACCUGAUAAUUAUACACCAGCAGGUGGAGCUUCUUGGAAUGAUACUUGGUACUGAGACCUCCAACAAAUAUGAGAUUAAAAAUGGCUUGGGACAGAGAAUUUACUUUGCAGUGGAAGAAAGUAUUUGCUUCAAUCGUACUUUCUGUUCCACUCUGCGAUCCUGCACCCUGAGAAUCACAGAUAACUCAGGUCGAGAGGUGAUCACAGUCAAUCGGCCCUUGAGGUGUAACAGCUGCUGGUGCCCUUGCUACCUGCAAGAGUUAGAAAUCCAAGUCCCUCCUGGUACCGUAGUUGGUUAUGUUGCUCAGAAGUGGGACCCCUUUCAACCCAAAUUCACAAUACAAAAUGCAAACAAAGAAGAUAUUUUGAAAAUUGUUGGUCCUUGUGCGACAUGUGGCUGUUUUGGAGAUGUGGAUUUUGAGGUGAAAACUAUGAAUGAAAAGCUUACCAUUGGGAAGAUUUCAAAGUACUGGUCCGGAUUCGUGAAUGACGUCUUCACCAAUGCGGACAACUUUGGCAUCCACGUUCCGGCAGAUCUAGAUGUGACCGUCAAAGCAGCCAUGAUUGGUACUUGUUUCCUGUUUGAUUUUAUGUUCUUUGAACAUUCUCUAGCUGGAUUAUAA